AGGUUGGGCUCUCUGUAGUAAAGUUACUAUGCCACCAAAUUUUCUGAUGCAAUCUUUUUGGAGCAAUGUGCAGCAGUGGAGGUUGAAAUUAUUUUGUUCAAUUUUCUCGUAUGCUUUAUGUCACUUAAGUUCACGAUAAGCAAAAAGUUUUUUUCAUUCGGCACGAGAAAGUUCUGCAAUCAAAAAAAUGACGGAAGAAGAUUCGGUAUUUGAUCCGACUUUGAAGAAAAAGAAAAAGAAGAAGAAGACCACUUUUGAUAUUGAGGCAGCUUUCAAUGAAGGAGGUAACAGUGGUGAUAUAUCGGAAAACAUUGUUGACAAAGAGAAUCAAGAACCGGAACCGACAGUUGAUGAUGAUGAGGCACUAGACUUGGAAAACUUUGGUAAAAAGAAGAAAAAAAAGAAAAAGGCAUUUAAUCUAGAUGAAUUGGAAGCAGCUUUACCUGAUACAAAGAAAGAGGAAUCUAUAGAACAACAGGUUGAGGAAAUUGUGAUGGAUGAUGACUUUGAUUUAGAUAUGGACUUUUCCAAGACAAAGAAAAAAAAGAAAAAGAAGAAAGAUCUUGAUGAAUUGGUAGCUGAAGAAGAGCGCAAAGAGAUUGAAGAUAAGGAGAAUGGCUGCACUGAAUCUGAGCGAAGUGCAGAGUAUGUGGAGGAACCGAGUUUGUGGAUAGGCUCGGAUAGAGACUAUACGUACGAUGAAUUAUUAGUUAGAGUAUUCAAUAUCAUGCGAGAGAAAAAUCCUGACAUGGUGGCUGGUAAGAAACAGAAGUUUGUUAUGCGUCCUCCGCAAGUGGUGCGCAUUGGAACGAAAAAAACAUCUUUUGCUAACUUUACCGAGAUUUGUAAAACAUUACACAGACAGCCGAAACAUUUACUGGACUUUUUACUAGCGGAGUUGGGUACGAGCGGCUCAGUCGACGGCAACAGUCAGCUAAUUAUCAAGGGCCGUUUCCAACAAAAGCAAAUAGAAAACGUUCUUAGAAGAUAUAUUAAGGAAUACGUUACAUGUCAUACGUGUCGCUCACCUGAUACUAUCCUCCAGAAGGAUACUCGACUCUUUUUUUUACAAUGCGAAACCUGUGGUUCAAGAUGUUCUGUUGCCAGCAUAAAAUCUGGAUUCCAGGCUGUCACAGGAAAACGUGCUGCUAUUCGUGCAAAAACUGCCUAAGCAACUCUACCUAAGAAGAUGCUAGUGCAAAUAAAACACUAUGGAAUAUGAAUAAAUGUUGCAAGUGAUUACGUCUUGAAUUGACUUGAAUACAGAAAUGUAGAUAGUAUUAGUUCAAACUGUCAUAAAUUUAAUAUCGAUCCUAAUAUAGAAAAAAAAUUAAGCUAGCUUGGUUCUUAAAAUUGUUAAUAAUUCUAAUAAUUCCUAAACAACAAAAUUUUCUUUGUCUACAUUGUAAGUCAUAAUAAUCUGGAUCUUUGAUUUUUGAAUAUUCUGAUUCUUCUGAUUUCUUUAAUUUUCAAAAUUGUGGACUUUUUUAUUCUAAGCAUUUUUUUUAUUGCAAAAGAUUUUUAACGAGACAAUUUUUAGAUUUAAAUUUCUUUUUCUAUUUUAAAUUAUUUAAAGGGAUUCUAAAAUUACCCGUUGUAUCGACUUCCUUGUUUUAACCCUUGGUUGUCACUCUGGAUCUAGCGAACCCUGUCUUUUUCAUAAAAAAUUGCAGAAAUUAAUAACUUUAUGAAUUUUUCAAAUAUGAAUAUAUAUAUACUUUUUACUUAUACAAGUAAUAUAUUUUAUAAAUGUUCAAGUUUUCUUCAAAUUUUUUUGGUGCCAUUAUUUUGAUUUAUUUCAUAAGCUUAUUUUGAAAUUUAGUACAGAGUCUAUUGGACCCUGUGUGACAAGUUUGUUACAGCGCGGUGUGACAACCGGUUAAACUAAUCUUGUAAUUAACUUAUAGAAUUGUAAAAGUUUUUUACAGAAUUAAACAAAAA